AUGAUGGAUAGCUUGGAUCUCUCCAGUCAUCUCAGUGGGAGAUGGCUCAUCACUGUCAUCACUGUCGCAAAUGCUUGCUCGACGGCAUGGUUUGGGUAUGAUCAGGGAGUCUUCUCGGGAGUUUUAAUCUCGGCUGACUUCAAGAAACACUUCCCACAAACAAAAGAAUCAAAUAUCUCUGGUAUUACAUCGAGUUGCUUCUCUCUUGGUGCUUUUUUUGGUGCUAUAUUCGCUUUUACUCUCGGCGACAGGCUCGGUCGAAAGAAGACAAUCACUCUCGGUCUGGUGUGCAACACUAUCGGGGCGGUCCUCCAGGUUGUGUCAUGGGAUUUCCCACAGCUGAUAAUUGGGCGUAUUAUUAAUGGCUUCGGUAUGGGAUUGACCUCUUCGACGUGCCCUGUGUACCAGGCCGAGUGCUCCAAACCACGAGUUCGUGGAAAGCUCGUGGUAGUGGGUUCUCUCUCCAACACAGCGGCUUUUUGUCUGGCCAACUGGAUGAACUAUGGGUUAUACUUUCAAGGCGAGGCACUCCAAUGGAGAUUUUCCUUGGGAUUUCAACUCAUAUUCCCAUGCGUCGUGGUCGUUGCUCUCAUAUUUGUUCCUGAGUCUCCAAGAUGGCUUUUGCUCAAGGAUAGACACGAGGAAGCGCUGGCAGUACUUGCGAGACUCGAGGGGAAGAACAAAGACGUCCACGAUGAAGAUGUCACUGCUCAAUUUCUAUCCAUACGGUCGGCACUCCAGAUUGAGCGUCAAAGCCAGGUACCGAUGGCGGAUGUCUUGAUGUGCCGCGACAAGACACAAAACCUCCGGCGGCUACUCUUGUCCUGUGGUACUCAGUUUAUGCAACAGUUCAGUGGGGUCAACGCCCUUGGGUAUUAUCUUCCAACCCUUUUGCAGGAAAGUGUCGGACUCGGAGAGGAGGAGAGUCGCUUGCUCACUGCGGUGAACGGUACGACGUAUCUAUUUGCCGCGUUUUGUUGUCUGGCAAUUAUUGAUCGUUUUGGGCGUCGCAAGCUAAUGCUCUAUGGCGCAAUCACCAUGGGCGCAUGCUAUCUUGUUGCUGCAAUGUGCCUUCGAACCGGCGAGGGCGACCCUUCACGAAAGCAAUUGAUGGGACGGGUGACCACCGCCAUGUUCUUUUUGUAUUACUUCUUCUAUGGAACAAGUUUUGCCAAAGUCCCCUGGGUCUAUAACUCCGAGGUGAACUCACUCGGAUGGCGCACCCGAGGCGCUGCCGCGGCCACGGCAACAAACUGGAUGGGCGGAUUCAUCGUGACGCAGUUCACGAGUGUUGGUGUGAACAAUCUACGCUGGCGGUUUUAUUUGAUUUUCGCCAUUAUUGCUUGGUCGUUCUUCCCUAUCAUCUUCUGUUUCUAUCCGGAAACUUCACGACGUACCUUGGAGGACAUAGACGCGAUCUUCAUCCAACAUCCCUCGCCGAUUGUAUGUGGCAAGCAUGAAUUGACCCAGCGCAAGCGGCCGCAGACAUUUGUCGACGCCGAAAGGGAUCGCAUCUUGGAGACCACACAGCUUGGCGAAAAGGUCAAAGGGGCAACGACGGCACAUUAUGAGCAUGUCUAA